UAUCAUUAUAUCAGUGAAAAAAAAUUAUAUAUAUAUAUUAUUAUUUCUAUUAAUACAGUAAAAUCAGUACUUUUACUCUUGGCACUUACAGUACAUUGUGGUUCUUUUACUUUUCUUCUUACCGAUGGUACUUAUCGGCAAACUUCAUUGGAAUGAACCGCUUUUUGACAUGGACAUGGACACAUAUGCAAAGACAUGUAAACAACUGUGUCAGCCAUUUCACUAAGCCUAACACCCUACGUAUUUCCUAUUCAUUGGCUCGAGUGUAAGUGAAAUAGGUUGACGAGGCUGCAGAAGCCGUGUGACGGGGUGACAGAAAGACACGGACCAUUUAGGGGAGAUUCGUUCAUUAGUUGCCGGUUGAAGGUAAGAUGCUUAACCAUACAAAAACGCAACAUUUACACGAGACAACAACGAAAACAACAUGUUUGAAAGCAACUUUUUUUCUUGAUGUCGCAAAUUUUGUUCUGUGAGAAACUAAAGCAUUUGAGGGAGACUGAAAGCCAGUGUGAUGCAACAGUGUUAUAUGUUUUCUUCUUCUCUCCUUUAUCCAUCGCAUGAGCAGCUCAAACAUGCAGUUGUGUUCUUUAUAAGGGUUAGGCUAAGGGACCAUGCGUCAGGCUUUUUCUUUUACUGUGGUCUAAUCAUCAUUACGGUUAUUGUCAUUGAUUGAGGCGGUACAUUUCUUACAUAGGGUUUUUAGGGGAAGUAUAUUUACAGUCCCUGAUAAGUCAAGUUUCGCUGUCAUAUGAUGGGUCCAGAGGGUUAUUUUGUUGUUCGAUGCACAACCUCCCUAUUAAGAGUGUUGUGACAUGAUUCAACGACAGGUGCUUUUCUAUAAUAUUUUAUCUACACUCGGGGUGGGGGAUGUAAGUCUUUAGUAUCACUUGCAUUCAGAAGCUCUGUCACCGGGCACUUCCUCUCAAAAACACACCACACAGCCGAGUUGACCAUAUGUGCAUGUUGGAACAUCAAUGCUUGCGUUAUCUUUGUUUCCCUUGAUCUCGAGGCUGACUGACACAGUGCGUCUGUUCUUUCAAUCCGACAGAUCAGGUUUCUUUCCACUGAUGGAGGUUUUACAUAUCAACUCCUCCCUGCUCCUCGUCUCCCACAGAACCGUGAACUACACUGUCAGUGAGCUGACGGAGUACCAGAAAUGCAAAGACAUGACCGCUGCUAUCAUUUGGUACCUGGGCAUGCAGUUUGUCAACAUGUUCCUGGGCAUCCCGGCCAACAUCAUGGUGCUGUGGCUCAUCCGAAGUAAAAAGGGGGACUCCUCCACCUCGGAUAUCUUCAUUUUCCACCUGGCGAUUCUAGACAUGUUCUUCUGUCUCACCCCUCCGCUCGAGGUGGCCAACAUAGUCUUCCUCACCACCAGCAGCACCUGGUACGUCCUGCGCUUUUUCUACGGCAUCAAAGACACCUCGCCGCUCUUCCUCUGCUGCAUCUGCCUGGACCGCUACAUGGCCGUGGUCCACCCCAUCACCUUCACCGAGCUAAAGGGCCGCCGCCACAGGACCGUCAUGGCCGCCGUGGUCUGGCUGAUCAUUCUGGCCUACGCCGGCGCCAAGUCCGCGGACGACAUCCCCAACUUCGAAGCGGUCUUCACGGCCACGAUCCUGGCAGCGUUCGCCUUCAUGGUGUUCUGCAACAUCUCGAUCCUCUUGGCGCUGAGGCAGUCCGGGCCCGGCCGAGACGAGAUGCACCCGGUGAAGAAGAGAGCCUUCAAGAUGGUCCUCAUCAUCCUCGCUAUCAUAGUGUUCAACUACUUCCCACUCGUGGCACUGAUGCCGUUUAAGAGCUACUUCCAACCCGGCGUGUCCCUUUGCUACGUACACUAUGUGGUCUUCGGACUGAUGGACUUCAGCAGCAGCAUUCAGCCGAUGCUCUAUUUGUCCAAGGAAAAGCUUCACUGCUGCCAGAGCGGCGCAACACAGCUGGAGUAGAGAUACGUGCUUUUCUUUUAAAUGUAUGUCACUGUUGUGAAAUAUAGGAGAAUAUAAGAUGUCAAAAGCUAUUUCCACCAAUCCAGAAUUGAAUCUUCAUUUUCUAAACCCCCAAAAACUAUUUUCGAUCUUCUCCAACCUCCUCAAACCCUCCUCCACCCUUCUUCCGGGAGACUGUCAACUACUUUACCAAGAAAAUAGCUGACAUACGCUCCUCUUUCUCAAACCCACCUCCUACUACUUGCGUUCCACUGACUUUACCUCUAUGGCCCUCACUUUCCUCUUUCACCCCCCUGUUUCCUAACCAAAUUCUUACCCUUGUAACCUCUGCCCGUCCGACCA